ACAAAAACUUCUUUUUAACAUGGAAGAGAUAGCUUUUAUCACGUGUAUGCGUUUUACUUUCAGCAGAAAAGUUAUUUAAUUACUUUUACUGUGUUACUUUGUAACUGAUUACACUCAACAUUGCUGUCACGGUGCAACCACAACAUAACUUGAUCUCCAAAUUUGAUCUCCGUUGUAUAUUUGAAUUGCAUGAACAACAUGAACAGGUCUCAAAGCUGUCAUUUCUGAGAUGUCAUCUAGAAAGCUUGAGCGGUUCUCUGAAAUGCACAGUCAGAGGAAAAGCGAGAGACUCUGAGGGGUGGAGAAACACAUCAGGGUGGAGUUUAUCUUCAGAUGAUGCCUGAAUGAAAUCAGAGGUUUCUACACAUUCGAGAGAGAGAAACAGAGAGAGUUCCUGCAGCCUCCUCCUACGGACACACACACUGACUCAACCCAAACAUCACAGUUUAAACUUCGUUCACUUUUAUUAUGCCAUCAAAAACACUCACAACCACAUCAAAGAACAGCAUCUCUGCACAAACCGAAGAGCAGCGUGUGGAAGAGACACACACCUGUCAUCUUAAAAACCAACAUGAGGCAGACUUUGAUGGGUGGAAGAAAAGCAGAGCACAGACAUCAUUACCCAGAAACCUCAGAUUCACUUAUCUCAAUCAGAAGGUGCUGGGAGUUUUGGCCACAGAAGUCAUUCCAGCAGGGACAUGCUUGGGUCCACUGCAGGCCAAACAUCUCCAUCCUGAAGAUACACCUGCAGACGUCCACCCGCAACACAUCUGGAGGGUUUAUUCAGCUGGGCGUUUGGAUCAUUUGUUGUCCUGUGAGGAAGAGAGCUCCAGCAACUGGAUGUGCUUCAUAAACUCCGCUCAAUCUCCUUGGCAGCAGAAUCUUGCCCCGUUUCAAGUAGGAAUGCAGAUUUACUUCAGCGCCAUGAAGGUUAUAAUGCCUGGGGAGGAGCUAAUGGUGGGGCGGAGCCUAGAGUACAGGCAGCCAAUGAGCAGCAGUCUUAGGACUUCCGGUCUGAAACAGCCACCUCCCACACACACUGAUCCUCAAGGUAAAGUUAGAAAGAGAAAAAGAGGUUACACUGUGACUGAGAUCCUGGAUCUGGACCCCCGGACUGACCAUCACACCGAAACUCCUCUAAACAAACCAUUCAGCACCAAUGCACAGUCUAAACAUGAGAGAAAAGUGACCAGAGAUCUGCAGAAUCCAAAACUGGCUUCAUCUUCAGCAACUUACAGCAUCUUCGACAACAUACAAAGACAUGUUUAUACCUCUGCUUUCCCACAAUCCUCUCUGCCAAGGUAUACACUGCCUAUUAUUCAAUACAUGCCUCAUAACAUUCCCCUUCAACUAGUCCACAUGUAUCCAUCUUCUUUGAGUCCAACAUCCAAUAGGAAUCACUUUUCAUUAGUGUCAAUUAAAAAAAGCAACUUCAGAAAUGAAGCGACAGACUCUAUAAAGACUAAGAAUAAACCUGAGGACUCAAUAAAGUUGGCUCAUAGCCAGCCACCAGCCUUGAGUAAUGCAACUCAUUCUUCAUUAUACCGUGCUGAUGACAUCACAGCCAAGUCAUUACACACGGGCGUGGCCUCAUUGAACAUGGGCAGGGCUUCGGCAGAUGGCUCCUCCUCCUCCACCACAGAGUCUCAUGAUGCCAUAAAGCAGACUGUGCAAGGUUACAGGUCUUUACCAUAUCCCUUACAGAGACAGAAUGGAAAGAUCCAGUACACAUGUAACGUGUGUGGGAAGAACUUUAGUCAGCUCUCCAACCUGAAGGUCCACCUGAGGGUCCACAGCGGUGAGAAACCCUACAGAUGCAACAUCUGCAGGAGGAGCUUUUCCCAGCUGGCUCACCUUCAGAAGCACAUCCAGGUUCACACAGGAGAAAAACCACAUGAAUGCCAUGUGUGUGCCAGACGUUUCAGCAGCUGCAGUAACCUGAAAAAACACCUGCGGCUCCACUCAGGUGAGCGGCCGUAUGUCUGCAAGCAAUGCUCUGCCAGCUUCACCCAGCACGUCCACCUGCGGCUCCACAGGAGGAUUCAUGCCACCCCACAGUCACACCAAUGCCCGCACUGCCCUCGCAGGUACACACACAUCUGCAGCCUGCAGAUCCACCUCCAGCAGUUCUGCCCCUCCUCCAGCACUACAAGCCCAGCCUCCCUGCUGGGCUUGGCUAAUAAGGAAAUCGAGCGGUUUGAUGUCAGCGAAGAGGCGGAGAGGCUUGAGGUUAGCAUGGAGAUGGAGGCUAUAAAGAGGAUGUGUCAUGUGAUCUGGGCACAGACUCUCGCAGGUGCAUCUGUCCUCCAGCAGGGGGCAGCACACAUCAACACAAUCAAAAGUGGAUCGUCCUGCUCUCUGAUUCCUAAUGUUUCUGGUAAACAAGAAGCUAGUGAGUAGAUUGAGGGAUAUUUGUUUGUUGAUAUAAGAAGUUUGUUGUUUUUGGCUAGUUUGGUAUUAAAUGAGCAAACAUU